AUGCGUGCCAUCGCGUGCACGACGGAGAGCAAGGCGAUGGUGGCGUCCUCAGAGGCCACCGCCAAGAUGGCUGAAGUUGUCACGCCAAAGGUGCUGCGCGGCUGGCGCGGCGCGUCGGCGAUCACUGGACGACAGAGGAGCGAGAUCGUCCACGGCGGCCGAGCCAGCGGCAGCGAGCAAGAAAAAGCGGCGGGAGGCGGCUGA